AUGGAUACUGCAGGUGUUUGUCCGAGCUCGGGGACCCUCUGGUGCGGAUGUGAAACAAUUCUGGGAUUUGGUUGCAUCCAGAAGGAUAUGAUUAUUUAUAGGAUAUUUAACUUAUAUGCAGAGUACAUCAUCCGAAAUGCCGGGUUGGAUGAAUCAGGAGCCAGAAUUGAAGUUGCCAGGAGAAAUGUCAAAAAUGUCAGAAACGCAGAUGACACCACUCUGAAGGCAAAAAGGGAAGAAAAAUUAAGAAGCCUCUUGACGAGUGAGGAGAGUGUAAAAGCUGGCUCAAAGCUUAGCAUCAAAAAUACUAAGAUCAUGGCAAUUGGUCCCAUCACUUCCUGGCCAAUAGAGGGAGAAAAAAUGGAAGCUUUCUCAGAUUUUAUAUUCUUGAGCUCAAAGAUCACUGCAGAUGGUGACGGCAGCCACCAAAUUAAAAGACAUUUUCUCCUUGGGAGGAAAGCUGUGGCAAAUCUAGACAAUAUACUAAAGAAUGGAGAUAUUACCUUACCGACAAAGGUCCAUACAGUCAAAGCUAUGUUUUUUCCAAUAGUAAUGUGUGGUUAUGAGAGUUGGACUUUAAGGAAAACUGAGUGCCACAGAAUCAAACCUUUUGAAAUGUGGUGCUGCAAGAGACUUUUGAGAGUCCCUUGGAUCUGGCUCCAUAAUCUCUACCACCCUUGCUCCUGUGUGCAGAAGAAUAAAGCAGGAGAAGGUAGUGGUACAAAAACAUGGUGUGGAAAGAGUCACAUCUGUAAUGUGAACAUUGAGACUGAGAUGCACGGAGGCACCCCAAAAUCGUGGGAAAAGCCCAGAUCGUGGUGCAGAUCUGCCUGA